CUUUAAUUUAUUAUUUAUGAACAAAUUUCAAUACAACAUGGCGUUAUUCAUACACAACAACAACUAACGGAUAACCAAAGCGUUUAUCCAUAAAAAUGCGCAAUAAAAAAGCUGUAAUUGGUUUUUGAGGUUGAAAGGUCUUUGAAGGACUUGACAGCCGCCGUCGACGGAUCAAAAGCGAAAGUGAUUGAGACGCCAUUGCAGAAGUGCCGAAGUGCCGAAGUGCAGCAAUAAUAAUCAAUUAUUUGCUGUAAUCUGCACUAAAGUAAAGAGAUCGAGAGAGAGAGAGAGAGCGGAAGUAUAAGUGAAAAGUAGAAAUUGCGGAAACUGUUUACUAACAGCACAUCUUUGUUCAAUUCAAUCAGCCAAAAUGAUACCAACCACAGUCAGUAGUUCCACAUCCACCGCAACGGUUAGCGGUACCACCGGCAAUAACCACAGUACAAGUAAUAACAAUGGACAGUUGAACAUGUUGUUGUCAACGACGCCAAUCGCCAAUUCGGUGUCGUCCACUGCCACCUCACCAGCUUCUGCCCAAACGCCAUCGGUUUUAUUAGGACUAGCCUCUUUAAUAUUGGAGGGACGCGCUUUAGCCGACGAUGAAUAUCAACCACAAAUGAUGCGUACCACUGCCGGCACAGUCAGUGAUACCAGCGGCCUUAGUGGGAGUGGGCAUAGCGGAGGCAUUGGUAGUGGCAGCGGUAGUAGUGUCGGCAGUAAUUUACACAAUUACAACACCAACAGUCUGCUUGCCAACACUUCGUAUGGCAUUAGUGGGAGUGGCACUGCUAUCGGCAGUGGUCGUCAAUCGCCUACAUCUCGCCCAUCGACAUCUCGUGCUGCCGCUGGCUUUGGUGGAGGUGUUGGCAGUGGACAUGUGAUCAAUAUAACAACGAAUCCGUAUGCCUUUAACAAUAGUGGUAUGAGUGCUGCACAUGCACGCGACUCGUCGCCACUCUACAUUGACCCGUACAGCGCAAACAGUUCGGGAUCUGCGUCCUCAACGGCGGAAAGUACACAUCAACGUUGGACACAGAAAUUGUGCCAACUGCGACAGGUCUCGCCGGCAGCCAACCUCAGUACGACCUACGAACAGCCCGUAGCGGUGGAGGCACGUGAACCCGAGCUAGUCGCGCUUGCUAUCAAUGAAUCCGGUGCUAAUGAUCGCGGUGAAUUCGAGAUCGUACGUCGCAGUUUACUUAAUCGCACAAAUUUGAAUGCAAUGAGCAGUGCAGCGUCGUCGACAGCAGUCGCGGGCAGCAGUGCCGGUGCGGGCAGUGCCAGCUCUUCACCGGGUUCAGGUUCUGAGAAUUUUUUGCUUUCACUGCAAUCGUUGGCGACCACCUGCCUGCGCAGUGGCAGCCCCUCAAUAGAGCCGAAUCAUGGUUGUAUGAGCGCGAACAGUUCGACUGGUACAACGAGUGGCUUUCGUUUUGCGACACUCUCCUCACCACCGCCACCACAGUCAAUGUACAAUUACCGUGCCACCACACCGACCGCCUCAGCUUCAGCCACAGCGCAUCGUUUCCAUGACCAACCCGGCUCGGGUAGCAGUUGCGGCAGUGGUGUACAAUCGCCACGCCCACAUUGGUCUUCAGUCACCGAUAACUUGAAUACAAAAGAGCGCUAUAUGCGACAUGCGUCGGCAACACAUUUCGGCUCGGGACGUAUACCAAUACCAGGCACAGCUGUGAAUACAACAACAGCAUCGGUGGCAAUGACUGCUGGAACAACAAUAAAUCACACAACGAAAGUGAAGCCGACGACGACUGCGGCAACAACAGCGUCCAAGCACCCGCAACAGGGACCGCACUGUGAUCAAUUCCUCAGAAAGAUGGGCCUGGCGAAAGGAGAGGCCACUGAAGCUGAGGAUCAUUUCUGUGAUAUGUCAUACGUAAAUAUAACUUGCUCCCGCUGGCGAGCGUACUGCCAUAGAAUGGAGGCGAUUAUCGGACGUGGCGAACCGGUUUGCAUAGAGGUUUUCUUAGGACCGGUGAACCAUAAAAUGCUGCUCGAACAAUGGAUCAUAACCCAAAAAGAAAAAGUUCCACCGCCCACCAUGACGCUACCGUCACUCUGCAGUGCAAUACGCAGCCAAUUGUAUUUUUCCCAAAUCAGUGCCUGGUGUGAUCUGAUCAAGAAAUCGGAUAAAACUAUAUAUGACACGGGUCGUGUAAUAUUUCACACACCAACAGGAGCUGCCGGUGAUCUGGCAACACCGGUGGGCAGCACCACUGGCGGUAGCAGCAGCACACCGGGCACAUCGCCGAAUUCACAUACGCUUAAUAAUCAGCUCAAUAAUGCGCUGGCGGUAAAUCGACGACCGCGCCUUAAUAUAUUCUACCGCAUCAAGUCAUUUGACUCCACUGCCUGCUUUAAUUCAAAACCGAAUGUACACAAUUUUCCGAAUGUCAAUAUUUCGGAGAAUUGUAGCAUAUCGGUUUGUCUCAAAAGUCUUCCACGCAUCAACGGCGGCAUACCGAAAAUCGGUACACUUAUGUUAUCCACACCGGGGAUAGCAACAACAACAAUGUCAACGCCAACAACAACGAUAAUAUCCACAACAGUAGCAGCAGCAACAACAAUGCCAGCAACGGCAACAACCAAAGCGACAACAACUAAAACAAAAACGACAAAAGCAACAGCGCCGACAACAACAGCCGCACUAGGAGGUGGUGACAUGUCCAAUUCUACACCACGUAUGGCAGCUAUAGCCGAGGCACCGCAAUGGCUCUCAACACCCAACGGCAGCGCCAAUAUCAAUAGAAGUGAUCCAAACUCAUUUCGCAACGGCAACAGUUGUGUUGGUUUAAAGUCACAGGAUACGCCACGUAGCAGCCGUACGAGUUGUUGUGGAAUUGCCACAACAGCCACGGUUGCUGCGCCGACUUCUACAUCGAGCUCCGCCAGCAUAAAUUUACAUUCAAACAGCAGCUCGACCAAUUCAUUGACAAACUCGGCCGCCGUCUCGAACGGUGCCAGCUGUAACAGUGGCAGCUCGAAGCUCCGAAACGACUGUGGUGACACGCAGGACAGCAGCAUGCCAUGCAGUCGCGCCAACUGUGCGCCGAAACACAAAUGUGUAUUUUUCAUCGAUGAAGAUGAGCUACUGCCAGUCGACGAAGCUGAUGGUGAGGCAUACGGCGACGAGGAUGAUAACCCUAGCGAUACAGCGAAUAGUACUGGCGAUAGCUUAACUCAUGCAAGCGCUUUCUGCACCGGUGCUAAUAUGUCACAUCGUGAAAAGCAGCUGAUGAAGUACCGCAAGCGCAUGCUAAAACGCGACAAGAAACAUCAUCAACACCAUCCACGAAAGUCGCAAACGGUAAACACAGAUGCAACAUGCGAACUGGAUGCCACCAAUGAGCUUGAGCGUGCGCAGAAAGCGCGUGAAGAGGCGAACUGCUGCCAACCGAUGGAGGAGGGUGAUGAAGAUGAUGUCACGAGUCAUGGCAGUGAUACAAUGACAACAUUGCUACCACGCACCAGCACGCGCAUCGAAAUGAUCUCAACGGGCACACAGACACCUAUGAGUUGCUGUCGUCAAUGCGGCUGCGAGAAGACGCUCGUUUGUAUGCGUUGCUCGAGUGGCGGCGUCAUGCGCGGCGAACAAGCCAUAGAUGAACCCACCGAACAGGAUGUAGACGAUAUGGACGACUCGACAGCAUCAAGCAUUAGCAGCAGCGAAAUCAUACAUACGCCACGCAACAAAGCCGAACUGCUGUUGCAAGCCAUACAGCGCACACCCAAAGUGGCCGCAGCCAAGCACAAGAAGGAGCAGCCCCGCAAACUGUGUGGCGGCAAGACGCAAAACAACAAUCAGCUCAGUGGUGAUGUUGGUGGUAAGAGCAGUGGCAGCAGCUUGCAUGAGAACACAUUGGCGGGUUGUCAAGUUUGCAAGCGCCAGAAGACACAGCAUAACUUUGGUAAUAGCAAUAGUGAAGAAGCAACGACCACAUCUAGUGCGCAUUUAGCUGAUGAGGCUGACAAUGACGAUAUUGGUGAUGACACCGACGAUGAUGGUGGGAAGAAGAGCGAGGUUAUUAAAUUCAUUGCGGAAAGCGCCGACGGAAGUCAACUGCCGGUGACGCCACUAACAGCUCUGCCAACACGCACACACGUCAUGGAGGAGGAAUCGUUUAUGUCGUCCACCAAACUCACACCACAAAUCGACCGUUGCACACUUUCCAACGCCACAAACUCUUCGCGGUAUCCGCUAUUGACGAGAGGCGAUCGUGCCGGUGGUGAUCAGCAAGUCGACGGCUGCGAUCGCAGUGAAAACCGCACGCCACCGAUCAUCACCUCAUUAAUGGAUGACGAACGCUUCGACGAAUCACAGUUUAAAACACCCACUACUACUGCGAGUGGCGGCGUUAAUUACGACAAUUCACCACAGCUACAAACGCAACAGCACCAGCAGGGCGUACACAAGGCAUUCCAGCACAAACAGACGCCUAAACCCAACUUAUUACAAUUACAUUGUAAUUAUCACGGCGAUGUAAGUGCUGGUGGCAAUCAGGCGGUUGGUGCGGCAGGCGAUGGUUUUGCUGUCAUGCGUGCCAACAACAGCGAAUUGCCCACAGCACUCAAGCCGCACAAGCAGCCUCAACAACAAGGCGCUCACAAUGCGUUGCUGCUGCGUAAGGGGCUACCCAAAGUGAACCUCACACCAAUAUUUUGCAAUCCAAUGCCAUCGCCUACAGGUGUCAGUAUCACGAGCAGCCAGUCGUCGCCCAUACCCAUACAUGGUGGUGCUACAAAUGAGAUUACAUUUUGCUUUGAGCCGACAGCGCUGAAUCGCAGCGGAAACCAUUUGCAGCUACAUCAUCAGCUUAUGCAUUCCAGCAGCGGUAACGUUUGUGCCUCACCACUCACCACCGAAGUCAAUAAUAUACCUGUACAAAAGUCAUACUCGGCACCCACGCUACCCAAUUCGCCAUCACUAUCGCCGCGUUUCGCCAAACAGGCGGCCAUCUAUAAGCGUCGUUCACGUCAUUUAUCCGAUCGCUCCGAUCGUUCAUCGCUCGGCUCAGAUGAACAAUUCUCCGAUGAGGAUUUGGAAAGUGCUGGCAUGUAUAGUCCAGCCACAUCGCCGCUGAAACAGAGUGCACGCGUCGCUGCGGCUUUCGGUCGCCAACCGUUGCUGGGCAAUCUGGAAGAGUCGCUGUUGCAAAAGCGUCUAGUACCCAAGGUGGAAGUGAUGGGUUUUACGGUGUUGUUAGGCGCAUCGGGUGGCUUCUGUCCCACACAGCUGACAAUACCGGCCGCUUCAUACUUCUAUGAACUGCGUGGCGAGUCGCUGAGUACGCCUUAUGUGUGCGAAAUACGUUUACCACGCAAGGGCUACUCGGUACCUCGUGCUGGCAAUGUACAAGCCACACUGCUGAAUCCCAUGGGCACCGUGGUGCGCAUGUUCGUCAUACCGUACGAUAUGCGCGACAUGCCGCCACUGCAUCAAACAUUCAUAAGACAACGCAUACUGGCCGAGGCCAGCACGCAUGAAGCAGCGACGACGCAGAAUGUACAGACGAGCACGACAAACGGCUACGGCAGCAGCGGACGUAGUGGUGGUAGUGGCGCUGGUGCUGGUGGCGACGACAAUUUGAGCAUAAACAAUAACAAUAACAAAUGCUAUCAGAAUAAUAAUAACGGUAAUAACAACAAUAAUGCCAAAAAUAAAUAUCGUCUCUCACCAAGCGGCGGCCUGCACGGCGAAAGCAAUCUCGGACACUUCAUAUCCCCAGAGAAUAUGAAACGCCUACGCUAUUCCAUACAUUUAAGAUUCCAAACGUCGCGGUCGGGUCGCCUCUCACUGCACACCGAUAUACGCUUGUUGAUCUCACGCCGCACCGAUUGUGAUACGGCAGCGGCGCACGCCAAGGGCGUUCUGGAGGCGCCCAAUGAUCUCGUCACCGACACCGUUAUGCCAACAAAUCCCAAAUAUAGCGCACGCCAAGACCAAAGUAACAACAACAGUAACAGCAGCGGCAGUGGCAGCGGUAGCAGCAAUGGCAGCAAUAUAAAUGUCAUCGCCGCAACGGUCAGCGCAACAAAUAGUACAACAAUAACAACUAACAACAAUAACGGUAGCGGCAGCAAUAAGAUUUAGUAGUUGGUGCGAGCAGUGCGCACACAAACGCAUCAUUAUUUUUUAUUACUUUGGAAACAAUUGCGUUUACGUUUGCAACACUGGCACUGCAGUUAUAAUUAGUGGGCGGGCGGGCGAAAGGAAGUCAAUCAGCGAGCUGGGGCGGCACGGAGCUGAUGUGCAUGGGCGUAGAAAGCAGCAAAACUAUGAUUUCGGCUGCGUGAGCGAGAAGCCAACCUCACGUGCGGCAUAUGCUGGCAACAAUAAUAGCAGCAAUAUUAAAUAUUUAAUUACAACAACAAUAUUCUACAAUUUCACACUUUAUUUCCUAUGUUAACCAUUUAAAUUAGUGCGCCACUGCGUCCAUGUCAAACCACUCUUUUUCGUUUUCCAUCUAAAUAGUUAUCGUCUCUUCUCACUCCUUACUCUCACCCUUCACAGCCAUUCACCAUACACUCUCACUCUCAUUUUGCCCCCAUCUAUGUUACAAUCGAACACAAGCGCCCCGCCUCCUCCCUAUGCACACACCUGCAUACAACUAACACACAUGCUCAUCAACUAAAUACCUUAUGUACAAUUCGAUACAAAACACAUUGUGUAUUUUUAUUUAUUUUAGAAAUAUUACUUAAAUAUACAUAUACUAUAUAUAUAUUUUUUUUUAGUAUCAUAAACAUACAAUAUACUACGAUAUACAUAUUUUAUAUUUUUUAAUUGAAAAACAAUACAAAUUGAAAUGAAAUUUGCAAAUUUAA